GGCUUGGAGCUUCAAGAAUGAAUGGGAUGGCGGUGGCGCUAGAGAGGUGAGCGGCAUUCUAGUCGAUAGAUCUCCACUGCCAUGGCCGCGGAGGUCGCCAAGACCGUGGCGCUCGCGGACAUCCCGACGCUCCACACGGAUGGCGCUGCCGCGGCACCGAAGAAGGAUGAGUAUGAGGUGUCCGAGGCGAGCAAGGUCGCGCGGGAGAAGCAUGAGAAGGACAUGGAGAGGAUCUUGCUCCAGCGGCGGGCGGCUGCGCUGGCGGUCCCGACCAGCGAUGCCGCCGUGAAGGAGAAGCUGCGGCAGAUGGGCCAGCCGGUGACGCUGUUUGGGGAGCGCGAGAUGGAGCGCCGGGACCGGCUGCGCUACCUCAUGGCCGAUGAGGGUGGUGAUCGGCUCCCCCAGAAGCAGGAGGCCAAGGAGGAGUCCGUCAAGAUCUCGGCUGUCCAGAAGAGCACCUUCUACACCGAGGGCACUGCGGACUUGCUGCGAGCGAGGAUGGAGAUCCUCCACUUCUCCGUUCCUCGCGCCGCCGACAGGAUUGCUCGAGCGAAGCGGAAGAGGGAGAAUCCGGACGAGGACGAGGAGCAGGAGAUCAAGUCGGUGCUCAAGUCCGUCGCCAACUUCUCGCUGGAUUGCAGUGAGAUUGGCGACGACAGGCCCUUGACGGGAUGCGCAUUCUCGCCAGACUCGGCGCUUCUCGCUACGUGUGGCUGGACUGGUGUCGCGAAGAUCUGGAGCGUGCCCGACGUGAAAAAAGUGGGAGCCCUCAAAGGCCAUCACACGGAGAGGUUAACGGACGUUGUCUUCUCUCCCGAUGGACAGAACAUAGCGACAGCUUCUGCGGAUCGGACAGCCAUGGUCUGGGACCUUCAAGGAAACAUGAAGAUGGCUUUCAAGGGCCACUUGACGCGCCUGGCGAGGAUCGCGUUCCAUCCAUCGGGAGCCUACAUUGGAACGACCAGCUUCGACAAAACUUGGAGGCUCUGGGAUGUGAACACCGGAGCGGAGGUGCUACUGCAAGAGGGCCACAGCCGGGGCCUGUACGGAAUCGCUUUCCAGUGCGAUGGCUCGCUGGUGGCUUCCUGCGGCAUGGAUGCCUUGACCCGCGUGUGGGAUCUUCGUACCGGACGGAGUAUCAUGGCUCUGGAGGGUCAUGUGAAGCCGGUGCUGGGUGUGGAUUUCUCGAAGAAUGGCUACCACUUAGCAACCGGAGGAGAGGAUCAUACGUGCAAGAUCUGGGACUUGAGGAGGAAGGCAAUGCUCUACACCAUUCCGGCUCACUCCUCCCUGAUUUCCCAGGUGAAGUACGAGCGCGAAGAUGGAUACUAUCUCAUGACAGCUUCUUUUGACAACACGGCCAAGGCAUGGUCGGGACGCGAUUUCAAGCCCGUGAAGACGCUAUCGGGACACGAAGGGAAGCUCACAGGCGUUGAUGUAACUUCUGACAACCAGUACGUUGUUACAGUGGCUCACGACAGGACAAUCAAGCUGUGGUCGCAGAAGAACAGCCCAGCGGAUGACAAAGAAGAUGAAGAAAUGCCUGACGUGGGAGAGGGAGAGCAACAGCAGCAUGAGACACAAGAACUCGCAGAAAUGGAAGAAGAAAAGGAAGAACAAGAACAAGACGAAGGAGAAAUGGAGCCUCCUGUUCAAUAGCAUCCGUCGUCAUGAGAUUGGCGGCUCCAGGAGCUGGCGAUGGAGACAAGCUAACAAAUGGACGCAAGUACUCCCAGGCAAUGUGUGUUCUUUCUUUUUCCUUCCCAGCUGCUUACCAGGUACUUUUCGUUUCGUUCGUCCUCGCCAGAUAACUUGGAAGUGAUGGAGAAGAUCAAGACGAAGCUAGUCUUUGGUUAUCCAGCUUACUUACCUUCUCUCCCAUGGCGUCGUGGAUGAGGAGGGUGUCAGUGGAGGUGGCUGUGAUCGCGUCCCCACUCGUCACGCAUUGCUCGAAAUAUCCCAUCUCCUGGCUCAGCAGCGAUUGCAAGUAGCUACUCUUGAUGCCAGAAAGGGAGUGCUUAGAAAUGGUACCCGGUGCGGCAGUCACAACAAUCCCACGCCGAACGCAAAAAGAGGCAGCCAUUUUUAUUUUCACAGAAAAUAUCCAUCUAUAAGCAUUACCAUUGCUGACUCGC